GAGUUCCGACAAUGUGCAGAUUCAAAUAACUGGGCGACCCGAUAGGAUUCUACAGAAGAAAGUAAUGAUAAACACUUUCCAUUGAUCCAAACCAAAAUGGCAUCAAUUCACCUUCUUCUUCCUACACUCCCUCUCUUCCACUCUCUCAAAACCCGAACCCAUUCCAAACCCAGAACUCGAACUCUUCACCACCCACUCCGAGCCUCCACCGUCGAAUCCCCACCGCCAAAACGCCGCGGCAGAAAGAAAAAACCACCACCACCACCUCAAAACGCACCAACGCCACAACAACAAGAAGAGGACGACGAGUUCGAGCUACACGACUACGACGACGGCAUCGAUUUCCCCUACGACGACCCACCGCUAGUAUGCUGCUUCGGCGCGGCGCAGAAGGAGUUCGUCCCUACAGUGCGGGUGCACGAGUACCCCAUGCACCCCGACAUCUACUCCGAGUGGAAGAUGCUGCAGUGGAAGCCGCCGGAGUUUGCUCGUGCUCCCGGCGGACCGCCGUCGAAUGUCGCUGUGGCGCACGUCAGGCUUGGUGGGCGCGCUGCUUUCUUGGGGAAGGUUGGGGAUGAUGAGCUCGGGGAGGAGUUGGUGCUGACGAUGAACAAGGAGAGGGUGCAGACUAGGGGUGUUAAGUUUGAUCCUGGUUUCAGGACUGGUUGUACUUACAUGAAGGUGAAGUUUGGGGAAGAUGGGAAGUUGAAGAUGGAGACUGUUCGUGAAUCUGCUGAGGAUUCUCUUCGUUCCUCUGAGUUGAACCUUUCUGUUUUGAAAGAGGCUAGGAUUUUCCAUUUCACUUCAGAAGUUUUAACGAGCCCCUCCAUGGAAUCGACUUUAUUCAGAGCAAUUAAGUGGUCUAAGAAGUUCGGUGGACUUAUAUUUUUCGAUUUAAAUCUGCCAUUACCUUUGUGGAGAUCACGCGACGAGACAAGAGAAAUAAUCAGGAAAGCAUGGAAUGAGGCGGACAUCAUUGAAGUAUCAAGACCUGAGCUAGAAUUCCUUCUAGACGAAGACCAUUACGAGAGGAAGAGAAAUUAUCAGCCACAGUACUUUGCUGAAAACUAUGAACAAACCAAGAAUCGGCAGGAAUAUUACCAUUACACUGCUGAGGAAAUAUCACCGUUGUGGCAUGAUGGACUUAAGUUGCUAUGCGUGACUGAUGGAACUAUUAGAAUUCACUACUAUACUCCUUCUUUUGAUGGGGCUGUGGUUGGAACUGAAGAUGUGCUCAUAACCCCAUAUACUUGUGAUAGAACUGGCUCAGGUGAUGCUGUUGUGGCUGCUAUUUUAAGAAAACUAACAACUUGCCCAGAAAUGUUUGAAAAUCAAGAUGUUUUGGAGAGACAGUUGCGGUUUGCUGUAGCGGCAGGAAUUAUAGCACAAUGGACUAUUGGUGCUGUCAGAGGUUUCCCUACUGAAAGUGCUACUCAGAAUCUCAAAGAACAAGUGUAUGUGCCUUCUAUGUGGUGAUAAUAGUUGUUUGUGUAACUGAAUAGAACUUAGCAAUGUCCUGAGGCAUUAGUUGGUAGUUAUUGUUUGAUUAUUUAUAUAUGUAUUCUCUUGAGAGUCUUUAGUCUAGAAUUGGAGCUGGCAGAAGAACAAAAUCAAGAUUGCUCAAAUUGUUUUCAUGUACUUUGGCUUCAACUCAUGUAUAACCCAAUACAUACCACUUCUGAAUGAGCAGGUGGUGGGUGCCAAUUGAAAAUUUUGUAGUUGAGAAUUGGAUGUACACUAUUCCUGUACCAAUGAAUUUGCAAUUUGAGUUUCUGGUACUCCAGGGUUA